ACGAAAAUGGCGGCGGAUUUGUCAAAAGGUAAGGAGCAAGACCGAGAAAUAUCGCCAAACCUUGGCAUGCAUGCCUACGCCGAGGCUAACUACGGCGACCAAGGGGAUGCAGUCACCAAGGGAGGCAGUCUGGAGUAUUUUGAAGAGGCGGGAGAAGUCGUGGGGCUCAUAAACUCCAUCCCGAAUGUGGCCGGGGACCUCAUCCCAAUGGAGAUGGCACUGGAACGGUUCACCUUUAUUGUUGACAAGUACCAGGAGCAGCCUCAUCUAAUAGACCCCCAUCUUGAGUCUAUCUUGGAGCAGUUGUUGAAGAUGGCCAGGGACAGGACCCACCCACCCGCAGCCAUGCACCUGGCCUUCAAGUUCCUGUACCUGGUUACCAAGAUGAGGGGUUACAAGGUGAUUGUCCGACAGUUACCCCACGAGGUGGCUGAUUUGGAGCCAGUUCUUGAAAUGCUGACCAACCAGGACCCUGAAGACCACGAGACCUGGGAGACUCGGUACAUCCUGCUGCUGUGGUUGUCCAUCGUGUUUAUUCCAUUUGACAUACCUGGGAGACGCGGUACAUCCUGCUGCUAUGGCUGUCCAUCAUCGUGCUGA